GGUUGUGAAAGUGGGGCUAUAUUACUAUAUUCUCGCUAAUUUCGCUGUUUCUUCGUUAGAGCCCCUCACUUUCUUGAACGGUUUCUCUCUUAAAGUGGGGUUUUUGGUUUUUUAAGUUGCAACAUACAUACAUAACCAGUUUCUAUUUUUUUUUUUUCAAGCCACCUCAAUCUCACUAUUUAUAUCUAUAUAUAUAAUACGCCGUUUCUUCUCUUCCCCUCUGUGACAUUUAAUCAAGCACCUUGCGUGCUAUUAUUUUCUUGGAUGGGAAAGUUGGGGCCUUUGAUCUUAGUGGCUCUGUUAUCGUUUCUGUGGUGCUGCCAUGCCGUUGUGGAAGGGCUGGGUGUGAAUUGGGGAACGCAAGCAACGCACAAGUUGCCACCGGACACGGUGGUGCAGAUGCUGAAGGACAAUGGGAUUCAGAAGGUGAAGCUGUUCGAUGCAGAAGAAUCAACAAUGAGUGCUCUUGCUGGCACUGGAAUCGAGGUCAUGGUUGCCAUACCUAACAUCCAGCUUGCUGAUAUGAAUGACAAUGAUAAAGCCAAACAGUGGGUUAAGAAGAGUGUUACAAAGUACAACUUCAAUGGCGGUGUUAACAUCAAGUAUGUAGCUGUUGGGAACGAGCCAUUUUUGAAAUCAUACAAUAAUUCAUUCUUGAAUGUCACAUUCCCUGCACUACAAAACAUUCAAAAUGCACUUAAUGAAGCUGGUGUUGGUGAUAAGAUUAAGGCUACAGUGCCCUUAAAUGCUGAUGUUUAUGAGUCUCCGGCAAACAAUCCUGUUCCGUCUUCUGGAACAUUCCGGGCUGAUAUCAAUGACCUAAUGACCCAGAUAGUAGCUUUCCUCAGCAAGAAUGGUGCACCAUUUACAGUGAACAUUUACCCUUUCUUGAGUCUCUAUGGGCAUGACGAUUUCCCUUUUGAUUAUGCCUUCUUUGAUGGUGUCACCAACCCCAUAAACGAUAACGGGACACCGUACACCAAUGUCUUCGAUGCGAAUUUUGAUACCCUUGUUGCCGCUCUCAGCAAAGCAGGGUACGGAGACCUGCCCAUAAUUGUUGGAGAAGUUGGAUGGCCUACUGACGGCGACAAGAACGCCAACACGCGUAAUGCUUUGAGGUUCUACAAUGGACUCCUGCCAAGGCUUGCAGCCAACAAAGGGACACCCCGCCGCCCUGGAUACAUCGAAGUCUAUCUGUUCGGGCUCCUUGAUGAGAAUGGAAAGAGCAUUCAGCCAGGGAACUUCGAGCGUCACUGGGGGAUUUUCGGGUAUGAUGGGCAGCCUAAGUUCCCGAUGGACCUUUCCGGCCAGAAUCAGAACAAGAUGCUCGUUGAUGCGAAAAAUGUACAGUACCUCGAACAAGAAUGGUGCAUGUUUAAUCCUAAUGCUAAAGAUCUCAGCAAGCUCGGGGAAAGUAUCACUUAUGCCUGCACCAAUGGGGAUUGCACUGCACUUGGCUAUGGAUCUUCAUGCAACAAUUUGGAUGCUAAUGGGAAUGCUUCAUAUGCAUUUAACAUGUAUUUUCAGAUGCAAAAUCAGAACCUUCAAGCCUGCAAUUUUGGAGGUUUGGCGAAGCUUUCGUUGACAAACAUUUCAACCGACACCUGCAAUUUUCCCAUUCAGAUAAAGUCUUCAUCACCACCCUCUUUGAUGGUUCCCUCUCUCUUGGCUUCUUUAUUGGUUGCUUUACCGGUGGUUCUGUUUAUGUAGUUUUGUUGUACAUACAUUAGGGUGUGAUUCAACAUGUGAGGAAAAAAAUUGAUGGUGAGAGAGAUAUCAUACAUAACAUAACCAAAUGAUUGUGAUAUUUUUCACAUGAGAAGAUGCAUUCGAGUGUGUUAUUGUUAUUUAUUUUGGGCUUCAUCAUUUCUUAGGGAUAGUGCAGAGGAAACUAAAGAAUUCUAUAGAUUGAUUUACAAUAUAAAGCUUUGAUUGUAUACUUGUUCCUUGUAUGAACAAUGGCCAUGCUCAUUGAUAUACAUCAUUUAUUUUUUGGGUGACCAAUCA